GCAUGGCGGCAGACAACCGUAUCUUCAUUUCCACGCUAUCAAAGCCCUUUUUCCCUAAUAUCAACCUAGAAAGACCAUCUUCCUCUUUCUUAACUGUUUCUUUUUCUAUUCUGUCUUUUGAGUUUCCCCAGGUGCUCAAUUGUAACCUAACCACUUAUUUAAGCAAGAAAAAGUUAGUUGUUCUAACCCUAGCUUUGACUUGGGUUUGGAAUUUGGGCUUUCUAUAAAUCUCCUUUGUUCCCCUUCAUGUGCAACCAUCUCCUUUAUUGCAGAGUAUAACAGACAUAACCUUAAAAACAAAGAGGUCAAAAAUGGCGUCUUUACGUUUUAGUUCCUUUAUGCUUGUUAUCGUACUCUUCACUUUUCUUACCAUGAACAAUACAAUUGCUUAUAGUGAUAACCAAGCUAAACAAACCUUUGUGGUCCGUGAAGCAGAAAAUGGUUAUGCCAUGGCAUCACUAAGGAAUAAUCAUGAGAAGGAAGUUUUGGAUGGUGUACCAGCAGCUGCUGAAUUCACUAAUGGCAGAGUGGGAGGAAGAAAAAUGACGAUAGAGAGAAAGAACAUAAAGAAAAACAUGAAGCAAGUGGAAGCUACAGAGGAAGCUGAUUCAAAGAAUUCAGGAAACAGCAAUUGUUCAGCCAAUCCACUCGGUGAAUCGCGAAAGAACACUCAAAAUCAGAGCGAAGAGAGCAAAAAUUCGACGAAAUCAGCAAGUGGACGCAACUCGAAGAACUCAUCAAAAUUAGCUUUAACAGAUCAACCUGAUGAUACUGAAUCAUUGCAGACGCUUGAAUCAGAGAAACUUAUGGAAGAUACGACUGAGUUUUCCAACAUGAUGAACAAAGACUACACUGGAGGUCCAGGAUCAGGAAGCAAACCCCGUCACAAACCCCCAAUCAACAAUUUCCAGCCUUUCCACAGAUCAAAUCCAUGAAACCAUGUAAAAUUUUUGGUUUUGGUUCAACAAUUUUGGCCCCCUCGUAGGAGAAAACUAUACACUAACCCAGUUUUGCUUUGCUUGAUGACUCUUCAGACAAUUAGCACUGUAAUAGUUUUGUUUUUUCUAGCUGUGAUGUACUAACGAGUAGUUAAUAGUAAUGUGUAAGAAUCAGUCUUGAUUCCUUAAUAUUCUAAACAGUACCACUGGUCAAAACAGGAAGACCACAUUUUUUUAUGUCCUACUUCCGCUAAGAAUCUCAGAGUGACUGUAUUCUAUGACUAAAGUUCAA